GUAACGCUGGAAACCGAUUUGCGACAACUGUGAGCGCGCCGUCAGCAUCUCUCAACAUCCACACGAGCGCGCAGAGCUGAGACAGAGAAGCAGCAGCAACAAUCAUGGAGUCCCGUCCGCAAGCAGCAGCAGCUCGAGAGCGUCCACAUCUGCAUUCACUGUAGAAAGCAAAGCCUCCAGAUCAGAGGGAGUUCUGUGAUCUGCUAUCCACGGAUGUUUCUGUUUUUGCCGCGAACCUUUUUUGCAACCAGAAGAUUGUAUUUCCCAUUCCCGGUGAAACCUCACCCGAUAUUUGCUUCCUGGCAUUCAUUCUGAUGGGAGGUAUAAUUUUCUUAAUUAUAUAAAUAAUCGAUGCUGAGAAAUCGGUUUUCAAGUUGGGAUUUCUUGAGCUUGGAGCUAGCUUCAGUUUGUUAUUUUGCAUUUGUAGUACACGGGAUUGUAUUAUCGAUUCAUCUCUAGACCACAGAUCUGAACAUUUUUGUUCUAUGUGUGUGUAAAUAAAAAAACCCGGUGCUUUAUUUUCUUAAAAUAUUAUAAUAGACUGCUGCUUUUACGACUGGUUCAGCGAUACAAGAAGAAGAAGAAGGUAAAAGAGAAAACAAAAUGCUGCCUUCACAGGAAGCCUCCAAGCUUUACCAUGACAACUAUAUGCGAAACUCCAGAGCGAUUGGAGUGCUAUGGGCAAUCUUUACCAUAUGCUUUGCCAUUAUAAAUGUGGUCGUGUUUAUCCAGCCUUACUGGAUUGGGGACAGUGUCAACACCCCCCACGCCGGCUAUUUCGGCUUGUUUCACUACUGUGUGGGAAACGGCAUGUCGAAUCGGGAGCUCACCUGCCGGGGUACCUUCGCAGAUUUCAGUUCCAUUCCGUCGAGCGCGUUCAAGGCAGCCUCCUUCUUCGUGCUGCUGUCCAUGGUGCUGAUCCUGGGUUGUAUCGCCUGCUUCGCUCUCUUCUUCUUCUGCAACACCGCGACUGUUUACAAGACCUGUGCGUGGAUGCAGCUUCUCUGUGCUGUUUGCUUGGUCCUGGGCUGUAUGAUUUUCCCCAACGGCUGGGACUCAGAGGUGGUGCGGGACAUGUGCGGGGACGACACGGACAAGUACACCCUGGGGAACUGCUCAGUGCGCUGGGCUUACAUCCUUGCCAUCAUCGGCAUUCUGGACGCCCUGAUUCUCUCCUUCCUCGCCUUCGUGCUGGGGAACAGGCAAAACGAUCUGCUGCAGGACGAGCUUACGACUGACAACAAAGAUUUCACUAUUACUGGGAGGAUCUAAUGUUAGAUUGAGGUCCAGGAUCAUAGACCAUCAAAGGUUGGAUUUCAUGGAGACCCCACCCCUGCCCCAACACCUUCUCUCUACCAAUCUCUGUCUCCUCACUCCGGGAUCAAACACUAGAACAAACUACCUUUAUAUAUAAACACAAUUCCUCUUGGAAAAAAAAACAACUUUGUUUUAUUUAUUUAUUGUUUUCUAGUUUGGACUACAAAAUGAAACAAUAUCAGAGACAUGUAAAUAUUGAGAAAAGGAGAAAUACCAUGUUCACAAGAUUCUUCAUCGGCACCCAGGUGCAAUUCAGAGGAAAAACCAAGCAAACUUAUUUUUUUGUACAGCACAAUACGGUAUGAUUUUCUGUUGCUGUUUCAGAAGAACCAGACUGUAACAUCUCUUUCAUAUUUGUAAAUGUAAAUGGACACCUAAAGAGUUAUUUAAGAUGAAAAAUAUUCUAAAAACAAAACAGGGUAAGAGACAUAAACCAUCUUUCAUUCAAGUGGCUUGCCAGGUCGUUUCUAAUUAACCUUUUAUAUACAUAAAAAUGUUUAACACUCCUGGGAUGCCUUGCAAUAGACCCACAAGAGCACGUUGUUCAUUAGAACUUGAUGAACCGGCCCUGCAAGUUGUGUUUAAUUACUGUACGUCCUUCCACUUGAAGCAAUUGCUGAGAUUCCAUGCAUCUUGAUUGAGGAAUUCAGAUGAAGACUUCAAAAUGUGUGCAAAUAGCAGGGGGUAGCUUUUAUACAUGUCUGUUGGGACAAUAGCCCUGCAUGCUGCAAACUGCUUUGACAAGAAAAACACAAUCUUUUUUGAAAGCACACUUAAUCUACGCCAGUCCUGAGAUAUGCAGUUACAGAGUUAUCAUUGCUGUUAAGUGCAAUUGAAAACAUGCCAUGUGUGUCAUUCCAGGUGCUGGCAGCGGAUUCAGUGCAGUUUUUCAAACAUUCUUUCGGAAGGUGGUUUUUAAUAAAAGCACACGUGUAUAUUUCUAUUUUACUGAAUACAUUUAAGGGCUUUAAACUAAUACAUUAAUUUAGGGAACCUUAAAUACAAUGAUCAAAUCAUUUUUUUAGCAGCCCUUUAUGGGGGAAAAAAAAUAGUUUCUUAUAGGGCUGUGCAGCUGCUCAGAUUUUCCAAGUAAUUCCCUUGAAUCUGUUUAAAGUCAGCAGGUUUUAAUUAAAAACAAAAAACCUGUUAAAGAAUAUGUUAAUUGCAAAACACAAAAUCGACACAUUACUACGUGCCAAUGAUAAAAAAAAAGGCAAUGUGAAUUAAUAUAACACUGUGAUAACUUGUCAGAACCUAUUAAAACCACUAAUGUUUUAUCCGUAAUUUGUUAUAGAAUCAAUUUUCUUUUGCUUUUCUAAUAAUACUUCACUUGCAUUCAACACAUGAAUUGAGAUGGAAGUUUAUUAGACACGAGUAUUGGACAGGAGUCACUGAAACUGCUGAAUUAUUGGAAACAAGCCUGGGCCUUAGUGAAGUGUUAUUAGCAAUCAAAAGAAAAUGGAUUUUAUAUCAAACGGAGGAAACAAAGGUAAGAAGAUAAUGUGAGUGGUUUUAAAAGAUUAGGAUGUGACAAGUUUUUGGAUACUUUUAUUUCACACUGUCAGUCUUAUUGUCAUUGAUUGAUACUAAAUGUGUAGACUGUAAAUGACUGAGAAAGCAUAAUGGUGUGUUUCACAAUAGCAGGUUACAAUUAAUCUCUGCUGACUUAAAACAUGUUAAAGGGAAUUACUUGGAAAAUAUCUGCACACCUCUAUAUAUUGGCACACUGACUCCCAUCAAUCCUACCUGGGAACAGGCAAUGGUUGUAUUGAAAAUAACACUCUACUUCUAUAUGAAGUUAAAAAUGACUCAAGAAAGAUUCAGAUAUGUAGUAUUAUAAACAGGCAACAAACCAUAACUAUGAUUUAUUUUUAAAGACACCAUAUAGUAAAUAUGAAUAAGUAGCCUCGUCAUGGAGCACUAACAAGCAAAUGUUUCCAUUUAUGUUUUAGAUUUUUGCUUCAAAACACAUGGUGAUAAAGAUUUAGCUAAUCAGCAAGCUUUUAUACAUAUGAAAAAAGUGCACCCAAAACAACAGUUGCAAGUGUGGUGAAUGGUUAUGGUGUCAGCCAUACAUGUUUUACUGCAAACCCAUAUCUUAUGACCAUGGCUUUACUACUAUGGUCAUCCACAAACAGUGCAUGUUUCCCAAGAUAUCUAAGCCACAAGCAGGCCACUCAUACAAACCCUGUACAUUUUAACUUGAUUAUGUGUGUAUUUUAUAGUUGCUAAAUUAUCAUGCACACAGAUCACAAACAGAACAGGAUUGACUAUCAUAGAAAAGAUUUAAAAAAAAACUCUUUGACCAUAAAUGUUGAUAGUAUUUAAACACGUAUUUCAUCUGCAACUUAAACACUCAAAUCAAAAGAUAAUCAGCACAGUAGUAAAAUAAACAUGUAAAAUUGCGACAAUAGUUACCAGUAAACAGUUAAAGAACAAUACAGGGAAGAAAGUGGCAGCACUAUGCAGUCACUCUUUGGACUAAACUGCACUUGAUAAUGUAACACCUCAAAUAAUACAAAACACCUCAGUCAGGAUUCAUUUUCACCUCUGAAGCAUGUUGAAGUGUUAGUGAACACCCCUUAACUUGUGCUGUGUUACAUUCUCACUUACUGGUGCCACCUCCUGUGUAAGCGCUGUCUAUAUUUGAGCUCCAUCUCUACACUAUAUAUGCUUCCUACUUCUCUUCCCUCUGAACUACAAAGUGGAUAAUGUGCUGAAUUUGAUUCCCAGAUCACAUGUCUCAAACUGCAACCCAACUUAACAAUGCCAGGUCACGUUUGCGACAGAUACUUAAGGAUGUAUAGAAUACAGUUUAUCAAAUUUUACGUUGCCUCAAACCACAACCGCACCUAAAUCACUGCCUCGAAAUGACGUUUUACACAGGCACAGUGUACUCAAGUUUGAGAAUUGCGGAAAGUGGUUAGAAAUUCCUUCAUAUUUGCUUCAAAAUACACUUUUAAAAUAAACUUCUCUACAGAGAAGCGUACACAUUAAAGACCCUUUCAAACUGGCACUCCUACCCAGGUCUGGACCAAUCCCGCGUAGUGUGAAACCAUGUACCUGGGUCGGACUCGGGUUAACCCAGGUCCCAGUGACCCACCUCAGGAUGAGGGUCUACACGCUUUCACCCGGGUUGAGCGAGACAAAAUGCAUGACGGCCGUUCGUGAGCCGAUGCAAUAACAAACAGCCACGCCUGCGUGAAGGUUUCACUUUCGCAAGGAACAUUUCUGUUUAGCCAUAUUUUUGUUGCUUGAGACACAGCAUGAGCCAGAUUGUAGCAGGGAUGAAGAAACAUUUGCUCAAAUCAAAAUUUGGGCAGACUGUUCAAUCCAGAAAAGCUUGGAUGGAAGCGUCUGUAAUAAGCUGCUUCUGGGGCAUUGUGUACUUGUGUCUGUCACCCAGGUCAACCCUGCUUUAUCAAAGGCAGUGUGAAAUCGCGUACCCAACCCACAUGACACCGGGUCCCGCCCGGGUAGGUUCUGACCCGGGUAGAUCAUGCCAGUGUGAAAGGGGCUUAUUUAAAAACUGCAAAAAUAAUUUAGUACACAGGAGGGAGCCACACUAAGUAAAAUAAAAGUUAAAUAUAAAAAUGGUGUCAUGCUUAACCAAUUCUGUUCUCCUUCAGUGGUCUAAACCUCAAUAUAAAACAUUUGGACAAGAAGAACAGUUCUUCAUCCAUUCAGAGCAAUUUUCAUCAGGGAACUGGAGGAGCAGAUAAAAUGCAUGCUGAAGAAUUCUUAACCAACUGACAGGAGAGGUUAAAUUGAGGAUUGAAGUGCGCCCUCACCAUCUAUGAGCCCUAAAUGCACAAGUUAAAACUGUCUGUACUCUCUCCCAGGACUGGAUAAAGGUAUAUUGUUGGGAUAAUGUAGUUAGGUCAAGCAAAACGUGUGAACAACAUGCAGGUCCAUCUCAGGAGUGUCUUUCUGGUGUUGCCCAUUUUAAAUCCUGCCCUUGUAUCUAAACGCUGUGGCUGUCCUUACUCUGGCAAGUGCUGUGGCAAUAUCACUGGCAAAUUAAAAAAAAAACAUAUAAAAAAGAAAUAUAUCUAAAAAACAAAGGAAUUUUAUAUGAAAGAAUUCUGAAAUAUACCUAAAUUACUUCUUUAUGGGACAAGGGAAUAUAUUUGAAACAUAAACCAAGGCCUAAAUAUAUUACAGAUGUGUGUAAAAUAUUUUGCAAAGCACUAUUUCUAAAAAUGUA